UUGAAAAAAAAAAAAAAAAAAAAAAACAUACAGGAAGUAAUAUAUAAUUUAUCCCAAAGUCAUUGCUGCAACCAAGUUCCGCAUUCACUUGACGUUUUCUAUCGCUACGCGUCGUCUACGUUUGGCUCGUAGAUUGAGUUUUUCAAAAAAAUAACGGACGUUCACUCAGAUCCGACGAGGGACCCUUCACAUACCCCCGAAUAAACCUCGACACCUGAUAGUCUAUCCGGUGGUGGGCAGACAGGUAUUCCGGAGCAGGUUGCGAAUCCACCGUGCAUUCGAACAGUCGAGCGCCGGCCUCUCACCGCGCAACGUUCCAUUCCUCUCUCGAAUACGUCAACGGAACGAGCUGCAGCUCGCACUUUUCCUCGCCGUUCUCUCUCCUGAACGAGGAACGAAGGCAGAGUUCCGCAUUGACUGUCAGCAAAAUACCGUAUCGAACACGCUGGAUCUACAGAGAGGUUCGCGAAGGUGAUGUGAGCUUCGAGCACUAGGUUUACGAAGAUCACGUGGAUAUAUACGCGACUAUUAUUUAAACGGCUGCGUGGGAAAUUUCUGCAAGAUGGACCGAUAGACAGGACGACGGUCGCGUGACAUGAGAGAACGGCUGCGAAAAUGAUGAGGAUGAGGAGCGGCAUGAACGGACGAGGAGUCGGCGACAAUGGCGAAGGAACUUUGAUCCUGCUCCUCGUCGCAUUGACUCCUGUUAUCUGCUCCGCCGGAAUCCUGGACCCUUGGCAGUGGGCGCGCAGCGAUCGAAUCGAAGUCAACAUACCUUGGCUGCCUUUCGAAAACGAGACACGCUGCUACGACGAGUUAGGCUGCUUAAACAUCACCAGGAGCUGGUAUCACCUCAUUCAUCGACCUCUCAACGUUUUCCCGUUACCGCGAGAAGUCAUUAAUACCAGAUUCAUCCUCUACACGAAUCAGAAUCCUCUGGACGGUCAAAUAUUAAAAGUGGCCAAGAAUAAAUCCAUCGAAAACUCAAACUUCAAUCCUAAGCGGCAAACCAAAUUCAUUAUACAUGGCUUUAUAGACACUCCACUCAGCAACUGGGUCAAGGAAAUGAGGAGUGAGCUGUUGGUGUACGGUGAUUACAAUGUUAUCGUGGUCGACUGGGCUGGUGGGAGUCUACCUUUGUACACCCAAGCGACAGCGAACACGAGACUGGUUGGACUCGAAAUAGCUCAUCUCAUCAAGCACUUACAAACGAACUACGGCCUAGAUCCGAACGACAUACAUUUAAUCGGGCACAGCCUCGGUGCCCAUACGGCCGGUUAUGCGGGCGAGAAAUUGGGUGGCAAUAUUGGACGUAUUACCGGGUUGGAUCCUGCGGAGCCAUAUUUCCAAGGAAUGCCGAGCCAUCUUCGCCUAGAUUACACGGACGCCCGACUGGUAGACGUAAUUCACACCGAUGGAAAGAGCAUAUUUUUCUUAGGCCUUCCAGGAUAUGGGAUGAGCCAGCCUUGCGGGCACCUGGAUUUUUAUCCUAACAACGGCAAGGAACAGCCCGGCUGCACGGAUCUGAGCGAGACCACGCCAUCGCUGCCGCUUACCUUAAUACGAGAGGGCCUCGAGGAGGCUUCGCGCGUCCUGGUCGCCUGCAACCACGUGCGCGCGCUCAAGCUCUUCAUCGAGAGCAUCAACUCCAAGUGCCAGUACGUGGCGCACGAGUGCUCGAGCUACGCGAGCUUCUUGCGAGGCGAGUGCUUCUCCUGCAAGAGCAACAACAGCCUGAGCUGCGGCGUGAUGGGUUACCACGCGGAUACCAGUCCUGCGCUGAUAAAACGCCAAGCCAUGGGACAAGAUAUCUCGUCCUUGUUGGGCUCCAAAUUCUUCUUUAUGACGGGCAAGGAUGAUCCGUAUUGCAGAAGACAUUAUAGAAUUACCAUCAACCUCGCCCGACCGCCGACCGCGGAGAGCUGGGUGCAGGGCUUCAUGAAAGUCACUCUUCACGCCGACAAAGGCAUGAUACGCAACAUGGAUCUUACGCCCAGCGGUUACAUGAAACUGGAGCACGGAUCGACCGCGCGGAUGGUCGUUGCUCAUCCGACCGGUUCCAUCGGCAACAUCGGUAAGAUCCGACGGAUUGAGCUCUCCUGGGUCUACGACAUGGACGUGCUGCAGCCCAGGUCCCUGUGCUUCUUCUGGUGUAAUGAUCGUCUGUACGUUAACAGCGUCAAAGUGGAUGCUAUGGAUCUUCCGGGCAGAGGAAAACGCGAAGCGGAUUUCUCCAGCAAGCUCUGCUCGGCUAGCAGGCAGGAGUACGCAGAGAUCGCGAGCGGAUCCACCGCCACGUUCGUCGACAAUUGCUGACGAUCCGUUC